AUUUGGUUCCAAAAUCGCCGAGCAAAAUGGAGGAAGUAUGAGAAACUGGGGAAUUUUGGUGGAUUGCAACACCUCACUGAGGUUGAUGUGGUUCCUGCUCCCAAGUCUCAAACCGAGACUUCAAAUGCAACGACAAAUAAAGUAUUGAAGGCCCCGUUGUUAUCAAGCUAUUACCCCCGCAUUCCAGAGUCUUGGACAUCAAUGUUUGCCCCAUACUCCUCAGCAUUGGCACCGCUGCCCACUGUGGAUCCCAUCGCCAUGUCAAAGCUCCAGCCUCAUUUCUUAUGGGUUCCACCAUAUCAUGUGCCCAUCUCUACAGGGCUGCAGUGGGACAUGAUGUGCAUGGACCUCAGAAGAAACAAUUCGAACUAACGCUGACCACUAACGCCUAGAACCAGUACCCAGUGAAUCCAGAGGCCUGACAAAUUGCAGGAAGGCUCCCGGACACUCACCUUGAAGUAACUUGAAGCAUUCUACAUUGUACAUAUGUUUGUCUAAAGACUAUAAUCGAGUAAUGGCAGAAAGGUGAGGGUAUUCCAAGCAUCACCCUGAGAACUGUGAUGAAGCCAUUCUCACUAGACUAGUGGUGCAGAGGCUCUCAGGAUCUGUGAUUAGCUCAGGAUAAGACCUGUGGGGACCUUGAUGUGAAUUAGACAGAAGGUCCUGGCCAAGUCUUUUCCUAACCUGAAUAAAACAGACCUUUCUCUUUCUUUAA